AUGGAUACCACUACAUCAGAGAAAUGGUAUAUGCGGAGGACACAAAAAAAGGCACUGAUGCAACGCUGGCGAGGGACACCACUACAUCAGAGAAACGGUAUAUGCGGAGGACACAAGAGCGCCACAUGGCGAGGUGAACACGGACACCAACCACCACAUCAGAAGAGGUAUAUGCGGAGGAAACAAAAAAGCGCCGAUGCAACAACGCAUGGCGAGGUGAACAAUGGACACCACUACAUCAGAAAAUUGGUAUAUGCGGAGGACACAAGAGCGCCACAUGGCGAGGUGAACACGGACACCAACCACCACAUCAGAAGAGGUAUAUGCGGAGGAACCAAGAAACAUCAGUGGAAUCCGAAUGGACGAGGAAACAAAAAGCAGAAACGGUAUAUGCGAAGGAAACAAAAAGCGUCAACUGAAUAGACGAGAUUAACAGUAGACACCUACUACCACAUCAAAUGAUCAGAGAAGAGGCAUACACAGAGG